UUGCGCGCCUACCCUCCCCCCGCAUCGCCAGCGCUCUUUCUCUCUCUCUCUCCCCGAUGAAGAUGGCUUCGUCUGUCUGGAAGGGUCUAGUCGGUGUCGGGCUGUUAGCUUUGGCUCACUCGGCGUUUUCAGCGGCUCAGCAUCGGUCCUAUAUGCGACUAACGGAAAAGGAGAAUGAAACACUACCGAUCGAUAUUGUCCUUCAGACGCUGCUGGCAUUUGUAGUAACUUGUUAUGGCAUUGUGCACAUUGCGGGGGAAUUUAAAGACAUGGAUUCUACAUCAGAGCUGAAAAACAAGACAUUUGACACGCUGAGAAAUCAUCCUUCUUUCUACCUUUUUAACCACCGGGGCAGAGUGCUUUUCCAGCCCCCUGAGACCACCCCUGUCCCCAGGCAGCAAGCGCUGAACUGCAACCCACUGAGGCUACGGAAACUAGAGCAUCACUGAGACUUCCUUUCUGUAUUAAAUAUUACAAUCUGACACUCCGAGGUGU